UUGAAAUAAUGCAUGCUCGAUUACGCGAGCGAGCGCGAGCGUUCGAUAUGCUGUGCCGGUAUCUUGCGCAAUUGCAUGAGUGCAGCUGUUAAUUGUCAGUUUUGCUUCUGCUGGAUCGGAAGACGAGUACAGAAAAAAAUUGAAGGCUUUGAAGAGCACAAACUGAAAGCAAACUUGUUUUUAGCAACAUGAAGGAAACAAGUGUUGAACUUGCUGAUUCGGGCUACCCACAAAUCGUAGUCCAUGAUGUUGAAGAACCAGGAGAUCAAGAAACAGAAAUCAAAGAACCUUUUGUUAACAGCAAUGGUAAUGCUCCAUCUGGAUCACCCUGUGGUAGCCCAUACACAACACCUCAAGGAACCCCAUUGACAGCACGGAAAGCCAAUGGAAGUAAUGGGCAUCUCUAUGUUCCUGGUGGAUCACCAAGCAAAGGUGUAGGUUAUGCACCUUUGGGGACUUCUCAAGCUCACAAAUGGGGGGGAUCAAUAUCUUCCAUACGACUGUCUGCUUCAAGAGAAGACAUUGCUGAUAUGCGUGCAGAGCAGAAAAUCCAGGGGAGAAGGGCACCAAGGGAUAGAUUCAGGUUUAUCUUCAUGUUAAUGGCCAUCCAUGGUAUCGCCACCCUGCUGCCCUGGAACAUGUUCAUCACCGCUGACGCAUAUUUUACAGACUACAAGUUUGGCAAUGUCAGUGACAAUGCUGAGUACAAGGACAAGUUUGUGAGCUACAUUGGCAUAGCAGGAUUCAUUCCCAAUGUUUUCUUCCUGGCAGUCAGUUUGUUUGUACCUCCCAAAUCUUCUCGUUUAGCCAACAUGGUUGCUUUGAACAUUAUGCUGACCCUGUUUGUUCUCACCACAAUUCUAGCCAUCAUAGACUCCUCUGAAUGGCCUGGUGCUUUCUUCGGAAUAACCAUGGCAACGGUGGUCAUUUUCAACGGUGCUGCAGCAGUCUACCAGUCAGGAAUCUUUGCCUUUGCUGCCAAACUUCCUGAUAUCUACUUGCAGAGUUACAUUGUUGGCCAGGGUCUUGGUGGUACAUUUGUAGCAGUGGUCAGCAUUACCACAUUAGCGACCACAGAUUCUGUUCAGACAGCUGGUAUUGCCUACUUCACCUGUGCUGUAGCUGUUCUGUUUUUGGCUGUCAUAAGUCUCUUGAUUGUCUACAAAUCGCCGUUUGUGAAUUACCACCACAAUGUAGCCCUGCAGGUGCUCACUGAGAAGGAAAAGGAGGCUGUGGAGGAGGCUACUAGACCCAUUACUCUCCUUUAUAUCUUCAAAAGGAUUUGGGUGGAUGCCAUCAGUGUUUGGUUGAUGUUUUUUGUGACCUUGGCUAUAUUCCCAGCCUUCAAUCUGGGGAUAGUGUCAACAUCUGAAGAAGAUGACAGUGAUUUCAUCCAGACUUACUUCACUCCCCUGACAUGCUUCUUCACAUUCAACUUUUGCGAUUUUGUUGGGAGUAUGGUUCCAGCUAUCUUGAAAUGGCCUUUUCACAGGUAUACUUGGAUUGUGUCCAACAUUCGUAUCCUGUUCUUCCCUCUAUUCGUGCUCUGCAACUACCGACCUGUGACCCGUACCUUACCAGUCUACUUCGGCGAUGCAGUCUAUAUCAUCAUUAUGAUCAUCUUUUCUCUCAGUAAUGGCUAUUUCAAGACAGUCAUCAUGAUGGAAGGCCCACAGAAAGUUCCCCCUGAGUGGGCAGGCAAAGCUGCCUCCAUGAUGGUCUUCUUCCUUGUUCUUGGCAUCUUCUGUGGUCUCCAGUUCUCUCUGUUCUUUCCUUGGUUUGUCACUGUUUUUUAAGGAUGAAGUCCAUCUAGAGAAAUGGAUGGAGAAGUUGUUGUAAACAGUACUUCUGAUUGCAAGCUGUUGGUAGUAAACAUCUGUCAGGUAUGUGUAUAGCUACAAAGUGCCAACAAAAUCCUGUUUAGAUCAUUUGCUAUUGAAAUAACAUCUUCAUUUAUUACACUUUAUUCUUCAGUGAGGUCAUAUCUAAAUCAGCUCUCUAGUGUUUACACCACCAUACAUUGCUCCUUUUGCACUUUCUAAAUUAUUUGAAGUACCAAGUUGAAGGGGACAGCAUGGUGUCAUUUCUUUAAAAUUUUAGGAAUUGAAGUUAAUACUUUGUGUUGUCAUUCAACAGCAUGCUUAUCAAAGGCUAGAUACAUCUAUGUUUUAGAGCUUGCUUAUCACACAAACUUGUAAGAUGUAAAGCAUUGAUGAAUUUUGCUGAGGCAAAACAGCCUAGACCCAAUUGAAUAGUGCCACCAAGUAAGAGAUACCACCUAGCAAAUUUAUGUGCUAUGCAAAAACCAUUGGGAAACUAGUCAUAAGAAGUGUAGAAUGGGUAGUGUUUUAGCUGGUAACCCACUUCUGCUUUGCAUAGCUAAUAUUUUUGAGUGGUACAUUGCAACAAUAUCUGUGAUAAAAUGUUAUAGCAUUGUGUUACUGUGACUCUGUUGUGGUUGACGUAUAUAUUUGGGCUUACCGUGUUCCAUUUGUUGCUAAUAGCUAGCAUACACACUGUAUAUCCCAAAUACAUUUAUUUUUCAAUAAGCAUUUCAGAUGUAGGUAAAUAUGCAGUGCAGACAUGUAGAGUAGGCAUAUACUUUUCAUGUAUAUAUUAUGUCAGAUAUCUUCAUUGUCGCUUCUUUUUUGAGCAGUUGUUUUUGUUGUGUUUUAGCUUGAAGAGGUUUCUUGGUUUUGUGUGUGUUCCUUCGUAUCCACAGAGAAUGUCAGGAUACUUCUGGAAGUAAGUUAGUGUUUGAAUAUAGAAUUCCCUGUGAUAUUUUCUUGAGAGUUAUCAAUAGAUG